UUUUUGUAAUGUAUGAUCGGUGAUUCGGCGUGGUUUUAGGUAAUACUUAAAGCAAAUAAUACAUCAUGCCGAGAUGGGAUCUCCUGUUGCUAACCAAGACAAGACAAAGUUCCACGUCCCUCCGUGUCGUUACCGUGCGUUGUCUUGUCUUUCUCACUCUCCCACUCAUAUACACACACUACACACUCCCUCGCACAGCACAGCCACGCACAGGGGUCAGGUCAGUCGCCUACGAAAUUCAAUAGCACAGCGAGAGCCAAGGAAGAAGAAGAAGCAAGCGGAGCGCCAUGGCGGCGUCCAACGGCGAGGGCCACGGCCGGUUCGACGUGAUCGUGGUGGGCGCGGGCAUCAUGGGCAGCUGCGCCGCCUACGCGGCGUCCUCUCGUGGCGCGCGCGUGCUGCUCCUGGAGCGGUUCGACCUGCUCCACCACCGGGGCUCCUCGCACGGCGAGUCGCGCACCAUCCGCGCCACCUACCCGCAGGCGCACUACCCGCCCAUGGUGCGCCUGUCCCGGCGCCUCUGGGACGAGGCCCAGGCCGACGCCGGGUACACCGUGCUCACGCCCACCCCGCACCUCGACCUGGGCCCGCGGGACGACUCGGCGCUCGUCGCCUCCAUGAGGAACGGCGGUGCCACCGAAGUCGUCGCCGGGGAUGAGUCGUCGUCCUGGCCGUGGGCAGGCGUGUUCAGGGUCCCCGACGGGUGGACGGCGGCGCGGAGCGAGCUGGGCGGGGUCAUGAAGGCCACCAAGGCCGUGGCCAUGUUCCAGGCGCUCGCCGUCAAGAGAGGCGCCGUCCUCAGGGACAGGACUGAGGUGGUGGACAUCACCUCCUCCAAGCGAGGAGAGGGGUCAAUCAUCUCGGUGAGGACGUCCAGCGGCGAGGAGUUCCACGGCACGAAAUGCAUAGUGACAGUGGGCGCAUGGACGAGCAAGCUGAUCAAGUCGGUGACCGGCCUGGAGCUGCCGGUGCAGCCGGUGCACACGCUCAUCUGCUACUGGAAGGUGAGGCCCGGGCGCGAGCAGGAGCUCACCCCGGAGGCCGGGUUCCCGACGUUCGCCAGCUACGGCGACCCCUACAUCUACAGCACGCCGUCGAUGGAGUUCCCGGGGCUGAUCAAGAUUGCCAUGCACGGCGGCCCGCCGUGCGACCCGGACGGCAGGGACUGGUCCACGGGCGCGGGCGACCUGGUGGAGCCGGUGGCCCGGUGGAUCGACGCCGUCAUGCCGGGCCACGUCGACACCACCGGCGGGCCCGUCGUCCGCCAGUGCUGCAUGUACUCCGUGACCCCCGACGACGACUACGUCGUCGACUUCCUCGGCGGGGAGUUCGGGAAGGACGUCGUCAUCGGCGCGGGGUUCUCUGGCCACGGCUUCAAGAUGGGCCCGGCCGUCGGGAGGAUCCUGGCCGAGAUGGCCUUGGACGGGGAGGCGAGCACGGCGGCCGAGGCCGGAGUAGACCUCCGCCCCCUAACGAUCGGCCGGUUCGCGGGAAAUCCCAAAGGAAACCUGUCUGCCAGCCAAGGCUGAUCGGCGACGGGGCUCUGUUUCAUGGUUUGAUGUCAAAGUGUGUGCUCUGCUUGCCAACUUGUCUGUUAAGUGUCUUUUGGGUUGUUGGAUUUAAAAAACAAAAGUGCGCGCAUCUCCUCAGUGUUUUCUGCAGGCUGCAGUAAUAAACUGGUUUGGUCAGUUCUAUUGAUAAUGACAGCAAUAAUAAGUUCGUUAUUGUGCA